AUGGUGGUUGAACAUGAACUGCUGCAGCUUGUGCGGGCAACUCUGCCAGCUGAAUAUGACCUCGGAGACGUCGAGAUGCACAGAUCGGCUCAAAAGAAGUACCGCGUUGGUCUGAAGGCAAGGCACAGCAGUCAGCCGUUACUUCAGUGGUACAGCAGCACCAUCACCACGAAGUGUGCACGCGGCAGAAACAGAGACGCCGAGUCCCGAGCUUUGGGAAGCAUCAAUAGAGAAACAUGGCUAGACCUCGCUGGAAAGACUUCCCAGCGUGCAGCGGUCCAGACACCACCCCCGCGAGUUAUACCGGCCGUUAGAUCGGCCUGUCCUGCACCUGGUUCGCUACGAGAACCUGGCGCUGGCGGCGCGGAGAGAUUGCGAAGUGCAGGGUGUGGCGGUGCAAGAGAGGGCAGCGGACGGCCAAAAGGAGCACUGGGAAAAGCAGCCCGGCGAGAAAGAGC